UUAUAUAGACUUGUUAGCGGUAACAAAACCACUUUUGAAAGACUGGCAAUUUCAUUACCAGAUGUCUGGAGUAAUUAUUGGUAUGACGGUGCAAAAGGAUUUUGGUGAAAAAGGUCCAUAUGCUAUAUAUUUAGACCAGCCUCGAUUAGGACAGUUUGAUUUUUCUGGAUUACCAAACCAGGAGGUUUAUCGACUUGGGAGACACAACUUAUAUAACAAGGCCUAUGAAGAAUAUUUAGUAGAUGUUGCAGUUUCCCUCGGGGCACAUCCUAACAUCGCCAAAAAGGACAUGUUUGAUGUUGUAGAAUUUGAAACUGCAUUAGCAAAAAUAAUGUUAUUCGAGGAAGAAAGAAGACUAGUAAAUAUUCGAUAUAAUAAGAUAAGUAUUCUUGAAAUGUCAAUUAGGUAUCCAAAAAUUGACUGGCUACGGUUUUUAAGGAAAAUUCUGGCCAUAGCGAAUAUCCAUGUAACUUAUCAGACUAAGGUUGUCCUAUGGGCUUCUCCCUACUUCGAUCAGUUGAGCUCAAUUAUUACUAAAACAUCAAAAAGAACUUUGGCUAAUUAUAUUUUAUUCCGAGCGAUUCAGCCUUUAUUGCCAAGUGUAAGUAAAAAUCUACAAUAUGUAAACCUCCGAUACAUUGCGACUGUCAACGGAUUAAGUGAACCAAAGUUACCACAAAGGUCUGACUUUUGUACUGAUAUAGUUAUUGAACAGAUGGACUGGGUGACUAGUCGAAUAUUCAUAGCAAAUAAAACAGAUUCUGACCAAACGCUCGCAUACGUAAACGAGAUAAGAGGAUAUGUUCGGUUUAUUUUAACAGAUAUGAUAAGUAAAUCAAAAUGGUUGUCAGACAGAACAAAAUUGCAAGUCCUUAGAAAAAUGAAAUCAAUUGAAGAUAAAUUAGGAUUCCCAGAAGAAAUUUUACAAGACAGUUUUCUCGAUUUUUAUUACCGACAUUUUGAUAUGGGAAAAUAUUUUUUUGAAAACAUGGUGGAAUCACUAACAGAAAAUUACAAAAUUGUUCUGUUAAAACUUACAAACCCACCUAAGAAUGAAUGGCUCCUCCGUCCUGGGGCAGUAAAUGCAUGGCAUAAUUUGGCCACAACAUCCAUUGAAAUACCAUUGGGAACAAUGAGUGACCCAUUCUUCGAAAACUAUUAUUCAGCUGGAAUGAAUUUUGGCGGCAUUGGAUUUUUAAUUGGACAUGAAUACGCUCAUGGAUUUGAAGUUAUAGGGAUGAAAUUUGACUGGAACGGACUAAUUCGAAGAUAUUGGUCCGAUAAAUCUGCGUUUAAUUUUGCCGAUAAAGCUGACUGUUAUGUACGUCAAUACUCGCAAUAUUAUAUACCGGAAGCCGAUUUAUAUGUUACCAAUGGAAAUAAAACAUUAAAUGAAAAUUUGUGUGACCAUAUAGGCGUAAGAGCAGCAUUUUAUGCAUAUAAAAAAUUUAAGCACGAUAGAAACAUAAGUGAGAAAGUGCCAGGACUACCGUUUACAGACGACCAACUGUUCUUUAUAAAUAUGGCAAGAAUAUGGUGUUCUAACUCAUCACCUUUAUUUAUCAGAAAAGUGCCUUUAGUUGAUCAUCACACUCUCCCUAGGUUAAGAGUGAUUGGUCCACUCCAAAACAGCCCAGAAUUCGCAUCAACAUUUCAGUGUCCAAGAGGUUCAUUUAUGAAUCCCAUAAACAAAUGUGGGUUUUGGUAGACAGUUUCUAUCAGCAAUAACAUUAAUAA